AUGGAAAAUCUAGGACAAAUUGUGUCAAUACGAGACAAAAUCAAAACUGCAUCUCGUCCUGCAAUACAGGCAUUAUAUAAGUUGAUAUUCGAGAAAGAGGGAGAUAGAACUAGUCGACAUAAACUGCGAGAAUUUUCUGGAUUUACUUUUCAAGAUGAAUCUGACGAAUAUCGAACGAAAUUUGAAUAUUCUAAUAUUUUUAACAUUGGAGACCUAACCUCAAUAUGUAAUCUGCUAGGCCUAAACUAUACUGGUGCUAGAGAAGAGUUACGGUCACGUGUAAUACAUGCACUCAUGGACAUCAACAGUCUUGUUCCACAAGAUAAUCAAGACGAAGACGGGGAAGACGAUGAUGAUGCAGACAAUGAGGACACAGAUGAUAAUGUUUCCCAACACAGCAGUAAUAAUCAAAGUGGACCAGUAAGUGACAAUAGCUGCUUAGAAGACGAUAGACAUAAAAGACGAAAAAAGAAGGUUAAAUUUGCUCUGCAUUUUAAAGACGUAGAAGAUACAGUCCGUACGAUGGAAGCAACAGCUAUCCAGUUGAACGCUGGAUCACUGACUUUGAGGACACAGCCAUAUUAUUUGAAUGGAAUAGCAUGCAGAAAUUAA